AUGCAGAUAUUCGUGAAAACGCUUACCGGGAAAACGAUAACACUUGAUGUGGAGAGCAGUGACACGGUCGAGAAUGUGAAGGCGAAGAUUCAGGACAAGGAGGGCAUUCCGCCUGAUCAGCAACGGUUGAUAUUUGCAGGGAAACAGUUGGAAGACGGUCGUACCUUGUCUGAUUACAAUAUUCAGAAAGAGUCUACUCUUCAUUUGGUGUUGCGCUUACGUGGCGGUAUGCAGAUAUUCGUGAAGACGCUUACCGGGAAAACGAUAACACUUGAUGUGGAGAGCAGUGACACGAUCGAGAAUGUGAAGGCGAAGAUUCAGGACAAGGAGGGCAUUCCGCCUGAUCAGCAACGGUUGAUAUUUGCAGGGAAACAGUUGGAAGACGGUCGUACCUUGUCUGAUUACAAUAUUCAGAAGGAGUCUACUCUUCAUUUGGUGUUGCGCUUACGUGGCGGUAUGCAGAUAUUCGUGAAGACGCUUACCGGGAAGACGAUAACACUUGAUGUGGAGAGCAGUGACACGAUCGAGAAUGUGAAGGCGAAGAUUCAGGACAAGGAGGGCAUUCCGCCUGAUCAGCAACGGUUGAUAUUUGCAGGGAAACAGUUGGAAGACGGUCGUACCUUGUCUGAUUACAAUAUUCAGAAGGAGUCUACUCUUCAUUUGGUGUUGCGCUUACGUGGCGGUAUGCAGAUAUUCGUGAAGACGCUUACCGGGAAAACGAUAACACUCGACGUGGAGAGCAGUGACACGAUUGAGAAUGUGAAGGCGAAGAUCCAGGACAAGGAGGGCAUUCCGCCUGAUCAGCAACGGUUGAUAUUUGCAGGGAAGCAGUUGGAAGACGGUCGUACCUUGUCUGAUUACAAUAUUCAGAAGGAGUCUACUCUUCAUUUGGUGUUGCGCUUACGUGGCGGUAUGCAGAUAUUCGUGAAGACGCUUACCGGGAAAACGAUAACACUUGA